CCUUCCAGAAAAGAGCGUGGUGAAGAUGGCGGAGCAAAAGUCGAAGCCGAGCGAUCUUUACAAAUGCGUAUAUUCCUUUCUGGCGGAGAACAUGUUAACCAAGGCGGCUCAGGAGUUUAUGAAAGAGACUAAAGUGACUCCACAAGAUGAAAAUGAUGAGAGCCUCAUCGGCAUCUACGACUUCUGGGUGAAGUCUCCUGAAGCCAAGAAACGAAAGGCGCCCUCCAGCAAAGCUGAAUCUAAAACAAGUCCAUCAGCCAAGAAGGCAAAAACCAGUGCAGCGAGCUCCAGCAGUGAAGACUCAAGCAGCAGCAGCAGCGACGAUGAAGCAGCGGUUGCAAAACCAACCAAGGCAGCCCCUGCAGCAGCUAAGGUGGUGCCUGCUAAAGCACCAGCAGCAGCAGCUACUAAAGCGGCAUCCAGCAGCAGUGAAGACUCCAGUGACUCUGAGGAGGAGAAGGCCCCUGCAAAGGCCCCAGCCAAGGCUCCUGCAAAGGCUCCUGUGAAGGCGCCUGCUGCCCCUGCUGCAGGAAGGAAGAAAGACAGCAGCUCCAGCAGUGAAGAAUCUGACUCUGAGGUUGAGCAGCCUGCUAAAGCCCCAGCUAAAGCCAAGGGUGUUACAGUCACAGCAGCCAAACCAGCUGCUCCUGCUAAAGCUGCAGCUCAGAAAAAAAAGGAUAGCAGCAGCGAAGACAGUUCAUCAGAUUCAGAAGAUGAUAAACCAACCAAGGCUCCAGCUAAACCGGCUCCAGCCAAAGCGGCCCCUGUGAAAGCAGCUGCUGCUGAAUCAAGCAGUGAAGACUCUUCAUCUGAAGAUGAGGCUCCACCCAGCAAGAAACCCAAAGCAGGAGCGUACAGUGCAGUCCCACCGCCAGCUUCAGUCCAGAAAGCUCCCGCUUCAGUGACCAAGUCUCCAGCUGCACCAGCAGCCAGCAAGGCCAAGGACAGCUCCUCAAGCAGCAGCAGUGACGAGGAAGAAGAGAAGAAAGUAGCUGCAAAGCCUGCACCGGUAAAGACCCCCGCUGCAAAACCAGCGUCGAAGGAGUCCAGCUCAGAUUCAAGCUCAGAUGAAGAGGAGGCAAAAAAGCCUGCUGUGAAAGUCACCCCAGCUAAAGCUGCCCCAGUCAAGGCUGCUCCCGCUAAAGACUCAGACUCAUCCAGUUCAGAGGAAGAAGAGGAGGCCAAAAAACCUGCAGCAAAGGUGACUCCUGCAAAGGCUGCUCCAGCUAAACCUGUUGCAGCUAAAGUCACGCCUGCUAAAAAAGACUCCAGUUCAGAGGACGAUUCCAGUUCAGAGGAGGAAGAGGAGGCCAAAAAACCUGCAGCAAAGGCGAUUCCUGCAAAGAAGCCAGCAGCUAAACCUGCACCAGCCAAGACUCCCCCAGCUAAAAAAGAGGAGUCCAGUUCAGACAGCAGCUCUGAAGAUGAGGCUCCAGCCAAACCUGCUGCUAAAGCUGCAGCCAAACCAAAACCUGCUGCUGUAGCUUCCAAAGCCCCCCCCAAGGCAGCUGAGAGCAGCUCUGAUUCAGAUGACUCCUCUGAGGAUGAAAAAACAGUGAAAGCUAAGCCUGCUACCCCGGCUGCAAAGCCUGCUGCAAAGCCUGCUACUGCUGCAGAGAGCAGCUCAGACUCAGACUCCUCCUCUGAUGAAGAGCCAGCUAAAGCUAAGCCAGCUAAAGCUAAGCUAGCUACCCCAGCUUCAAAGCCUGCUGCUGCUGCAGAGAGCAGCUCAGACUCCUCCUCUGAGGAAGAGCCAGCUAAAGCUAAGCUAGCUAAAGCUAAGCCAGCUACCCCAGCUUCAAAGCCUGCAGCAGAGAGCAGCUCUGACUCUUCUUCUGAAGAUGAAGAACCAGCCAAGGCUAAACCUGCAGCAGCUAAACCAGCUGCAAAGCCUGCUACGCCUGCAGCAAAGCCGGCUGUUGCAGCAGAGAGCAGCUCUGAGUCUUCUUCUGAAGAUGAAGAACCAGCUAAGGCUAAACCUGCAGCGGCUAAGCCUGCUACACCCGCCUCAAAGCCUGCUACCCCUGCAGCAGAGAGCAGCUCCGACUCUUCUUCUGAAGAUGAAGAGCCCGCUAAGCCAGCUACACCAGCUAAGGCUAAACCAGCCACGCCUGUAGCAAAGCUAGCUGCUGCAGCGGAAAGCAGCUCUGACUCUUCUUCUGAAGAUGAAGAGCCAGCUAAGGCUAAACCAGCUACACCAGCUAAGGCUAAACCAGCUACACCAUCUAAGGCUAAACCAGCCACGCCUGUAGCAAAGCUAGCUGCUGCUGCGGAAAGCAGCUCUGAGUCUUCUUCUGAAGAUGAAGAGCCCGCUAAGCCGGCUACACCAGCUAAGGCUAAGCCGGCUACACCAGCUAAGGCUAAGCCGGCUACACCAGCUAAGGCUAAGCCGGCCACGCCUGCUAAGGCUAAGCCGGCCACGCCUGUAGCAAAGCUAGCUGCUGCUGCAGAAAGCAGCUCUGAGUCUUCUUCUGAAGAUGAAGAACCAGCUAAGGCUAAACCAGCCGCAAAGCCAGCUACCCCUGCUUCAAAGCCUGCUACCCCCGCAGCAAAGGCAGCUGCAGCAGAGAGCAGCUCUGAGUCUUCUUCUGAAGAUGAAGAGCCCGCUAAGGCUAAGCCAGCUACAUCAGCUAAGGCUAAACCAACUACCCCCGCUGCAAAGCCAACGGCAGCAGCAGAGAGCAGCUCUGACUCCGACAGUGACUCUGAGGAUGAAGCAGCCAAACCUGCAGUCAAGAAACCAACUCCUGCAGCAGCAGCCCCUGCUAGUACGCCCAAAGCUUCAAAAAAGAAGGCUGAGAGCAGCUCCGACAGCUCCGAUUCAGAGACUGAGACAAAGACCACCCCUGCCAAGCCUCCAGUCACCAAUGGCAAGGCAGCUACACCCAAGGCAGCUACACCCAAGGCAGCUACACCCAAGGCAGCUACACCCAAGGCAGCUACACCCAAGACUCCAGCAAAGCCUGCAGAGUCAUCGUCCAGUGACAGCAGCUCCGAAGAGGAAGAAGAGGCCAGUAAAAGUUCUGUAAAACCUGCUACACCUGCAGCAACACCCAAGACGAUCCCGGCUGCUAAAGCUAAAGAGAGCAGCUCCUCAGACAGUUCAUCAGAGGAGGAUGCACCACGCAGAGCAGCCACUGCACCCACCACCCCCACAACAAAUGGAAACAGAAAAAAAGGUGAAGAGUCAUCGGAGAGCGACGAGGAAGAGACGGAAGUGACUACACCAAAAAACAAGAUGGCAACAACCACACCUCAGACGUUUCCUAAAGCCAAUAAGAAGUCGUCCAAUGUACCCUUCCGUAGAAUAAGAGAGGAAGAAGUAGCGGUGGAUCCCCGUCUCCAAGACAAUUCUUUUGAUGCAAAGUUCGGAUCAAACGGGGACUGGGGCCAGAAAGCCAACGACACGCUCAGGUUCACAAAGGGCAAGUCAUUCCGCCAUGAAAAGACAAAGAAGAAGAGGGGGAGCUACCGCGGCGGAGCCAUCAACUCCACCUCCGUCAACUCUAUUAAGUUUGACAGUGAAUAAGGACGGCUCUUUGAACUUCACUGUACGAUCAGGACUGUCUGAUGAUCGCUUCCCCCCACCCCCCCCCCUUGUUACCCGUCCCUCUGUCAUCACUACCCAGCAGCACACUGACAGGAAGUGAGCCGUAGAGCUGAGCCAGCGCUCACUUUCCGUCAGCUGCCCUUCGCUGUACUGCUUAAGGUUGACACCCAUGUGAUAUCAUCACUUAUAGCCACUAGGUGGCUGCAGGCCACCUGUUAAUGGUAAACGCCAAUGUGUGUAUUGGGCCCCCUUUUUCAGUUUGUUUUGAUGUUAACCUGUACUUUCAUUUUUCUAUGUAUGAUUGACAGCCAUACAU